AUGGCCCAAGCGCCCACUGAUCCAAGUAAUGUGGAAACCGCUGACCCAGAGGAGAGUUCUCCAAAUAUGAUAGUCUACAGAAAGAUUGAAGACAUCAUUACGAGAAUGCAGGAUGACAAAACAGGUGGAGUUCCCAUCCGCACUGUCAAGAGCUUUCUGUCCAAAAUCCCCAGCGUCGUCACCGGUGCUGAUAUUGUGCAGUGGCUUAUGAAAAACCUCAGCAUUGAGGAUCCAGGGGAAGCAAUACACUUGGGAAGUCUUAUCGCUGCACAGGGUUAUGUCUUUCCGAUCUCAGACCAUGUCCUUACCCUGAAAGAUGAUGGGACGUUCUAUCGUUUUCAGGCACCGUACUUUUGGCCUUCAAACUGCUGGGAACCAGAAAACACAGAUUAUGCCAUCUAUCUUUGCAAACGGACCAUGCAGAACAAAGCUAGGUUGGAGCUGGCGGAUUAUGAAGCCGAAAACUUAGCCAGACUUCAGAGAGCAUUUGCAAGAAAGUGGGAAUUCAUCUUCAUGCAAGCUGAGGCCCAAGUGAAAAUCGACAGAAAAAAGGAUAAAACAGAAAGAAAGAUUUUGGACAGCCAGGAAAGAGCAUUCUGGGAUGUGCACAGGCCUGUGCCUGGCUGUGUGAACACCACAGAAAUGGACAUUAGAAAGUGUCGUCGUAUGAAAAACCCACAGAAAGUGAAAAAGUCAGUAUAUGGGGUUACAGAGGAGUCUCAGCCCCAAAGCCCAGCACACGUGCCCUCCCAACCUGUACGCAAAACUACAAAAGAGGAUUUCCGGAAACAAAUAACUUUUCUGAACAUGCAGAUAGAGAGACAUUGUUUAAAGAUGUCCAAAGUAGCAGAAAGUUUAAUAGCCUACACAGAGCAGUAUGUGGAAUAUGACCCCUUUAUAACUCCUGCUGAGCCUUCCAAUCCCUGGAUAACUGAUGAUGCAGCAUUGUGGGACAUUGAAAUGAGCAAAGAACCUAGUCAGCAGCGUGUGAAAAGAUGGGGUUUCUCCAUGGAUGAGGUGCUGAAGGACCCAGUAGGACGAGACCAGUUCCUUCGUUUCCUGGAAUCGGAAUUCAGCUCAGAAAACCUCAGGUUUUGGUUGGCUGUCCAAGAUCUCAAGAAACAGCCUCUACAGGAUGUAACUACCAGAGUGGAAGAAAUCUGGCAAGAGUUUCUAGCUCCUGGGGCCCAAAGUGCUAUCAACCUGGAUUCCCACAGCUAUGAGAAAACAAGCCAAAAUGUCAAAGACCCAGGGAGAUAUACAUAUGAAGAUGCACAGGAGCACAUUUACAAGCUGAUGAAGAGUGACAGCUACGCGCGCUUCCUCCGUUCGAAUGCUUACCAGGACUUAUUGCUGGCGAAGAAGAAGGUAUCUGUUGGAAAGGACGUGCUUGCAUCUCUUAGCACCUCUUGA